AUGUCUGCUCCCGUGUUUAACCCGGUGGAGUACAUGCGCGACCAGCGCACCAACGAGGCCCGUGCCAGCCAGGCCGAGGCGCAAUUGCGUCGGUUGCACAUCGUCGCCGGCCUCAACUACGUCGGUCUCAUCGCCGCCUGCUUGGCCUGGGGCACCCCCGAGGCGUUCAAGCGGUUUGUGGCGAUGCAGGUGCUUGUGCUCUACCUCCACUACUCGUGCGAAGUCAGUGGGCGCCCGUUGCGUGCCGACCUGCUCAGAAACCCGCUGGAACGGAACAAGUUGGUGCGGUGCGGCGACUUGCAAGAGCGGGUGUUCUGGUGGUACUACGGGAUCAUCGGCUACACGUGGGUGUUGCUGUGGGCGACGUUGUACACGGGCAACCUGAAGAUCUUGCGGGCGUGGUGGCUCGUCCCCGCCGUCGGCGUCUACUUUUUCGUCAAGAACUUGAUCAUCGGGUGGUACAUCCCCUGGAAGAGAACGAAGCGGGCCUCGUUCACCACCAAGAUCGCCCACUCCGACGUCGUCAGCAAAUAG